AUGAUGAAGCCUUCAACCAUGUCAAGACGGUGCUUCUCCAGCCGCCUGUUCUGGCCCACUUUGAUCCAGCGCUACCAGUCGUCCUCCAGACGGAUGCCUCCCGCCUUCAUGGGAUUGGUUCAAUGUGGCUCACGCUUCCUCACUGACGCUGAGACGCGCUACGCCACCAUUGAGCUCGAGCUGCUUGCCGUUGUAUGGGCCAUGUCCAAGUGUCGGCUCCACCUCAUAGGCCUACAGCACUUCACGCUGAUGACGGACCAUCGGCCACUGGUCCCGAUCCUGAAUGCCUACACUUUGGACGCGAUCGAGAAUCCCCGUCUCCAGCGUCUGAAGGAGAAAAUCUCGCCCUACCUCUUCACAGCCGUAUGGCGCGCCGGGAAGUUGCUACGCAUCCCAGAUGCUCUGUCGAGAGCCCCAGUCAGCCACCCCACUCCUGAGGACGAGAUGGCGUGCACUGCUGCCACUGCCCACCUGCGGUGUGUCGUAGCUGCCAACGCUGAAGGCUCUGACCAAAACACACCACACCAUGACGCCGAUCGGACGCUCCAGGAGUUCAGAGCAGCAGCGAGGGCAGACCCGUCAUAUGCCCAACUCACCGCCUGCGUGACAUCUAGCUUCCCGUCCAACCGGUACGAGCUCCACAGUUCUCUACUUCCCUACUGGAAGCUCCGCGAUCACCUCUACGCAGAUGGGGAGCUUGUCCUCUAUGGCCAGAGGAUCGUUGUUCCUGUAGCUCUCCGCCGCCGCACCCUUGCUUGUCUCCACGACAGCCACCGCGGUGUGGAAGCCACCCGCCAUCGGGCGAGGCAGACUGUUUUCUGGCCUGGCAUUGACUCUGACAUUGCCAAUACUGUUCGUGCCUGUGAACCAUGUCAAGUCCUCCAGCCGAGCCAACAACAGGAACCCCUGGGGUGCGUUUGA